CGCUGCAUGUUUUAAAGUCACUGCCAGGCUCAGGCUCACAUGUUACUUCCUGUAUGGAAGAAUGGAAAGCUUCCAGCUCCCCACUAACCAUUCCUCAGCAGCAGUAACAGCAGCCUUUAGUACAACAGGCUUAACUUUCAGUAUGGAGUGAGGGUUUUGUUGCUGCUAUUACAAAUCUUGGAUCAUGCCUCAUCCCAGAAAAUUUAAGAAACUGCUUGCGAGAAGGACAGUAUAAUUCGGAACUUCUCCGCCUUGAAGCAGCUGCCGAAGUUAGGAAAUUCCUGUAACUAGCUCAGCAUCUGGACUGCUUCGAAAGGCCCUGUGGUUGUGGAAAUCAGCUUGGAUCUUUCUGCAUUGGCUUCCUUUAUUGUGUUUUUUUUUUUUGGGGAACUCAGAACUUGAUUCAACAAGUUUUAUCUCUUUUUCCCAUGUGCAUAUUGACAUGCAGAGGUUUUUGGAACCGUGUUGGUGGAUUUGUUUUUUUACUCUUUCAGACUGUGCGUUCUAUGUGGCUCACGGUUAUCCCGCUUUGACAGAGGGUCAUGUUGGAUCUUUAUACGAAACCAAGCAUGGGAGUAUGAUUCAGAUACGACAUCGCAAGGCAUCGGGCGAUCCCUACUGGGCUUAUUCAGGUGCCUAUGGUCCGGAUAGUUGGGCAGCAUUAAAUAUCCAUUGUAGAGGCAGUCAGCAGUCCCCUACAGAUAUUAUUGAUCAGAACGCACAGGUUAAAAGUGAAUACCAGGAGAUACAGCUAGAUGGUUUUGAUAAUGAAUCAUCGAACAAGACGUGGAUGAAAAAUACUGGCAAGACGGUUGCUAUUCUCCUGAAGGAUGAUUAUUUCGUCAGUGGCGCUGGCUUGCCAGGAAGGUUUAAGGCAGAAAAAGUUGAGUUCCAUUGGGGUCAGAGUAAUGCUUCAGCUGGUUCUGAGCACAGCAUCAACGGCGAGAGAUUCCCAGUUGAGAUGCUGUUAUUCUACUACAAGACUGAUGAUUUUGAUUUGUUUGGCCAAAGCAUUUCUGAAAAUAGAUUUAACCAAUCAUGUAUCCUUUACAUACAGGUCAGUCCGCAACACAAUUCAGCACUGGAUCCUAUUAUCCAUGGGUUGAAGGGCGUCGUACAUCAUGAGAAAGAAACAUUUCUGGAACCUUUUGUUCUGAGGGGCUUGCUGCCGGACAAUAUAGGUAGCUAUUAUCGUUAUACAGGUUCACUCACUACACCGCCGUGCAGUGAAAUUGUCGAGUGGAUAGUGUUCAGUAGAUCUGUCCCCAUUUCCUUGCAUCAGCUGGAGGCUUUUUAUUCCAUAUUUACCACGGAACAACAAGACCACGUAAAAUCAGUGGAGUACUUGAGGAAUAACUUCCGACCACAGCAGAGUUUGAAUGGCAGAGUGGUUUACAAAUCGGCACUCAAAGAAGCUUGGAGCGCAGAUCAGUCAGACAGUUUAGUCUGCAGCACGCCACCGGUAAAUAUGAAGGUGCAACCCAUGAACAGAACUGCUCUGCUCGUAACGUGGAAUAAACCAGAAAUCAUCUACCAUCCUCCCGUCUUCAGCUAUGUGGUUUCUUACAGCUGGACUAAAAACGAAGGAGAGAAUGAACUGUCAUUCAUCAAGGACAGUAAUCAGGAUUUGAAAGCCGUUAUUAACCACGUUUCACCUGACAUUCUCUACCUGUUCCGAGUGCAGGCUGUCUGUAAAAACGACCUGCGCAGCGAUUAUAGUCAGACAAUGUUGUUUCAAGCUAACACCACUCGCAUAUUUGAAGGCACCAGGAUUGUGAAAACAGGAAUGCCUACUGCCUCUCCUGCUUCUCCAGCUGACAUGGCGCCCAUCAGCUCUGGGUCUUCUACUUGGACUUCUUCUGGCCUUCCUUUCUCCUUUGUUUCCAUGGCAACUGGAAUUGGCCCAUCUUCUAGUGGCAGCCAAGCAACUGUGGCAUCUGUGGUGACCAGCACAUUACUGGCAGGCCUUGGUUUUAGCGGUGGUGGUAUUUCUUCUUUUCCUACUACAGGAUGGCCUACCCGCCUUCCUGCUGCUUCUGCAACCAGUAGACAGUCAGUACGUCCUGUCAUUCCUACAACAGAACCUUUGUCGUCUGCAGGCUCAGAAAGCGACUCUGCCGUCACAAAAAGUAAUGGAGACGAUCAAGGUGAGAAAGGUGAAAGUAAAGACAACAAAACUGAACAUGAUGAGGAAGGAGGAGAAGAUGAGGAGGAAAGUACAAAGGACAAAGAGAAGGGUACCACAACUGAAUCUGAAGACACACAAAAUAAAACAGAAUCUGGUUUAGUCACACCUUCUCCAAAUGUAACUGUUGAUGUAGAAAAUGAUCAGAAAGAACCUAGCCCUCCUAAUGGCACUAGUAUAGACAUUUCAGAUGUUGAAAUAAACAGUACUUUACAAACUAAAACAGUUACUUCCUUAGAGUUUCCAUCAACAUUUACACAUCUUGUGUAUACUCCAGGGGAGAUGUAUGAGACAUCUGCCUUUUUGCCAGACACUGUGAAUAACAAGAAUAAAAAGUCUGCCAUUAACACAGGUAGUAUUGCUAUUUCCACUAUGGGACCCCAGGUCUCAGUCAGCAGAAUGGAGUGGAUCAUUCCCCUGGUGGUCGUCUCAGCUCUGACCUUCGUUUGCCUCAUUCUACUGAUUGCAGUUCUGGUUUAUUGGAGAAAGUGUUUCCAGACAGCACACUUCUAUGUGGAGGACAGUAGCUCACCCCGCGUGGUCCCAAAUGAAAGCAUCCCGAUUAUUCCCAUUCCAGAUGAUAUGGAGGCAAUUCCUGUCAAGCAGUUUGUUAAGCACAUCGGGGAGCUAUACGCCAACAACCAGCAUGGUUUCUCUGAAGAGUUUGAGGAAGUGCAGCGUUGUACAGCCGACAUGAACAUCACUGCAGAACAUUCAAAUCAUCCAGAUAACAAGCACAAAAACAGAUACAUCAAUAUCCUAGCAUAUGAUCAUAGCAGAGUGAAGUUACGUCCAUUAGCAGGAAAGGAUUCUAAGCACAGUGACUACAUAAAUGCAAAUUAUGUUGAUGGCUACAACAAAUCCAAAGCAUACAUUGCCACUCAAGGACCAUUAAAGUCCACAUUUGAAGACUUCUGGAGAAUGAUUUGGGAGCAAAAUACAGGAAUAAUUGUGAUGAUUACAAACCUAGUUGAAAAAGGAAGGAGGAAAUGUGAUCAGUACUGGCCAACAGAAAACAGUGAGGAAUAUGGAAGCAUCAUCGUCACUCUGAAAAGCACAAAAGUUUACGCAUGUUAUACUGUGCGCCAUUUUGCAAUUAGAAAUACAAAAGUUAAAAAGGGUCAGAAAGGAAAUCCAAAAGGCCGGCAGAAUGAGCGGAUAGUUAUUCAGUAUCACUAUACCCAGUGGCCUGACAUGGGUGUUCCUGAGUAUGCUUUGCCUGUAUUAACAUUUGUUCGAAAAUCUUCAGCUGCUACAUUACCAGAUAUGGGACCCGUAGUUGUACACUGCAGCGCUGGCGUUGGCAGAACUGGCACGUAUAUUGUUAUAGACAGUAUGCUGCAACAAAUUAAAGACAAAAGCACAGUUAAUGUCCUGGGCUUUCUGAAACAUAUCAGGACACAGCGCAACUACCUCGUACAGACUGAGGAGCAGUAUGUUUUUAUCCAUGAUGCCUUGCUAGAAGCUAUUCUUGGCAAAGAAACCGAAGUGGCCGCUGGACAGCUGCACAGCUAUGUGAACAGCAUAAUGACGCCCGGGGUUGGUGGGAAGACAAGACAGGAGAAACAGUUCAAAUUGAUUACACAGUGUAAUGCAAAGUUUGUUGAAUGCUUCAGUGCCCAGAAAGACUGCAAUAAAGAAAAAAAUAGAAAUUCAUCAGUGGUGCCAUCUGAACGAGCCAGAGUCGGCCUUGCUCCAUUACCUGGAAUGAAAGGAACAGAUUAUAUAAAUGCAUCUUAUAUCAUGGGAUAUUAUAGGAGCAAUGAAUUUAUUAUCACUCAGCAUCCUUUGCCACACACGACAAAAGACUUUUGGCGAAUGAUCUGGGAUCACAAUGCUCAAAUCAUUGUAAUGUUACCAGACAACCAGGGCUUGGCUGAAGAUGAAUUUGUUUACUGGCCCAGCCGAGAAGAGUCCAUGAACUGUGAGGCCUUUACUGUAACCCUCAUUAGCAAAGACAGAUUGUGCCUCUCUAACGAAGAACAGAUCAUUAUACAUGACUUUAUCCUAGAGGCUACUCAGGAUGACUACGUUUUAGAGGUACGCCACUUUCAGUGCCCGAAAUGGCCAAAUCCAGAUGCUCCUUUAAGUAGCGCCUUUGAACUUAUCAAUGUAAUCAAAGAAGAAGCCUUAACAAGGGACGGGCCCACCAUUGUCCAUGAUGAGUUUGGAGCAGUUUCCGCUGGAAUGCUAUGUGCCCUCACAAACCUGUCCCAACAGCUGGAGAGUGAAAAUGCAGUUGAUGUUUACCAGGUUGCAAAGAUGAUCAACCUCAUGAGACCAGGUGUCUUCACAGAUAUUGAGCAGUACCAGUUUCUUUACAAAGCAGUGCUGAGUUUGGUCAGCACAAAAGAUAAUGGAAGUGGUCCUGUGAUACUGGACAAAAAUGGUGCUGUUGCAGUCACUGAUGAAUCGGAUCCAGCUGAAAGCAUGGAGUCUCUUGUUUAAAAUCCUGAAAGGCACUUAAUUUGUAGAACUUUUGAGGACUGGGUGAACCUUUGAGGCCUUUUUUGCCAGACUCUAGGUUAAACAAUAACCCAAUUACUUUUUUACACUGAUAAAAGUUUUUGAUAUUUAUUUUUGCCAUUGUAUGUCUUAACGUAUCCUACUGAGCGUUUGCACCUGUUUUUAUUUCACACAGCAAAACAAUUCUAUCUAGUUUGCACUAUUUGAUCAGUGUUACUGUCUAUAAUGUUCUGAUAUAAAAGGGUUUAAUAAGCUGUAAUGUGACAUUCCAUUACAUUC